CCUGCCCCUCUCAAUUUCUUGAGAGAGAGAGAGAGAGAGAGAGAGCCAAAAAAGUUAUCUUUAGUUAUAUAUAUUCAGUCUGUCCACUCUUAUUAAUAAUGAUAUUCACUUGAUUUCUGCAGUUGGGAUUGGUGAGAGGCAGUUGUGGAAAAGCAUGGAGAGAUAGAUAGAUCACUUUAAAAAACCAAGAAUUUUGUGAUCCUUUUGAGUUUGAGUGUUGUUUUGUAGUGAUGGGGAAGAAGCUGAAGAAAAUGGCAAAGGUCUUUGAUUGUUUCAGUCCCUCAUCUUGUACUUCUUCCACCUCUUGUUUUUGCAUAAACUCCAUGGAAGUUCAAGAUGAAGAAGAUGAGUUUUUUGACAAACAGCCACUCAUUGCCACCAACACCAAGGACAAUCAAUUGCUCACAUUGAAGGAUGUUGUCAAUGGCAACCAGACCUUAGCCUUUCAACUCAAGCCCAAGAUGGUGACACUGAGGGUGUCCAUGCACUGUAAAGGCUGUGCAAGAAAAGUGGAGAAACACAUUUCAAAGAUGGAAGGAGUGAGCUCGUACACAAUAGACUUGGAGACGAAGAUGGUGAUAAUUAUUGGAGACAUUCUGCCGUUUGAAGUGGUGGAGAGCGUUUCUAAAGUCAAAAACGCACAGCUUUGGCAAUCUUCCCUAGCUUCAUAAUCAUAAUCAUCAUCAUUAUUAUUCAAUAUCCACAAAUUAAUUAAAAUAUAUUAUUUAUUAAUUAGAAAUGUGUACAUUUUUUUUUUUUUUUGGUAAAAGUAGAACAGAGGGAUCGGAAUUUUGCGGAGAAUAUUUUCGUAUUCUCUGUAAUUUUGUGUUUUUAAUUUCGAUAUUCUAUAUAUCGACUAUUAUACUAUAAAUUGACCGUAUGUGAUGCGAUUUAAUUUAUAGGAAUUUUUAAUAGGUAGAAUGUUGAGUAUUUAUAUGUUUGUCUGCGCAAAAGAAUUAAUGUUUCUAACUUAAAUACAUGCAUAUAUGUUUUAUGUUUACCA